UCCACACCUGGCCUGCCCAGGACAUGCUUGGGAAAUGGAGAUGAACGCAAAUGAAAAGUUGUAUCUUUCGGCUGACGGCAUCUCCGAACCUUGCAAUUCUUAUCCCGGGCAUCACCCAUACCGCUUGACUGGAGGGAAGAACAUUACGCACAAUAAAAGUGAAAGUGUGUCACCUAACCCGAAACGAAGCCUGCAGAACAAAUGCCAGUCGCAAAAUUCCAAUUCCAGUGUUGCCAUCUCAGAUAUAGGUGCAACCAUGGCAGACACGGGCAUGCUGAAAACGGUCAAGGCACGAUGGAGACAAGACAAGAGAGAUUGCGUCGGAUCCUCCAGUGCUGAUGACGAGAAGCGUUCUUCGUCCGAUCAACUCCAAAAGAAACCAGUUGAAGAUUUACCCAAAACGCCACUUUCCAGUGAGAACAGUGGCGACGGGACGGUGCCCCCCGGACAGAUCAAGCCGAGGAACUGUCGGCGGAUCGUAGUCCUGGGCGCGCCAAAAGUUGGAAAGACCAACAUCGUCCGUCGGUUUCUGGGGGACGAGUUUGACGAGCGGUAUGUGCCGACGACGGAAGACUUCCACAGGAAGAUGUACCACAUCCGAGGGAAACCUUAUCUCAUCGAUGUCCUGGACGCGGCGCGGGAAAGAGAAUUCCCCGCCAAACGGAGGUUAUCCAUUUUGACAGGUGACAUUUUUGUGCUGGCGUUCAGCUUGGAUGACCGAGACUCGUUGAAGGAGGCGCGCAAUCUGCGCAACGAGAUCAUCUCUAGCAAAACAACGCUGAUGAAAUCAAAGGACUCCCCGAGGGUACCGAUUGUCAUCUGUGGCAAUAAAGUCGAUCUGGCCACGGGGAGGGUCGUGAGCCGGUCGGAAAUCAGUGAAAUCCUCGGCGAGGACGCUGCGUACUACGAAACGUCGGCCAAAGCAGGCUCCGGACUCGAUGACGUGUUCAGGGCGCUCGUGACGUUGGGUGGGCUGCCUGCCGAGAUCAUUCCGUCACAGCAUCAAACAAUAUCCCUCCACACCUAUCAGUCGCUUUUCUCCAACCAGAGAGCGGUGAGGAAGAUGAGCAGCGAGGUCCCGAUGGACGGGCCGUGCGCCGCGCUCUGCGCGUCGGCGCGCCGCCCGAGUUUCAACAGUGACCUGAAACUGGUGCUUGGAUCAAGCAGCAGUAAGAACAAACCCAAGAAGUGUCAGAUUCAAUGAAUUGAGAAUCUUCUUAAACCAACAUUGUAGUAGUAUGCUACGAUAUUAUAUUAUGUAAGGAGUUAUACUCUUUGGCGUCUGGCUGGACCGAUGCGUCGUGUUUCUUUUUUGUAUUUGCACGUUACGAAUA